AUGAACAAUCAAGAAAAAGAACUUAUAAACUAUAAUAUUCGCCGAUAUGUUGAGAAGAAUGAUGCGCGAAAUAAAGUGCGAUCUAAUAUCAGAUCGAAGUUCCCUCAUCUUGUCAAAUCAAAUGAACCCAAGUUGUUAUCCAUAGUUCAUGCCAAUCGUUCAAAGUUUUUAGAAUUAAUAAAUAAUCGUGAUUAUUACGAUAAGAAAGGCCAACAGUACUUAAAUGGUUUGUUGGAGGAAAGUCAUGCAAAUAGAAUCAAUGGAGACAUAAUAGAUGUACAUCCAACGUUUGGGAAAGUAGAGACAGAACCAACGACAAAUUCUACAACUACGAGUUCGACAAAUUCAACCCCUACAGCUAUAGAUCCAAGAUAUAUUACAAAUAGAUAUCAUGCCGAACAGUAUAUCCUCAACAAUAUACUUACGAACAACUCCAAAAAGCUAAAAUUGAAGGCCGUGGUCGAUGCUCAUCUUGCAGCGCAAGAUCAAUGGGAGCGAGACAGAAGUAUCAUUGAUUCGAAAUAUAACCAUGAAAUAGGUAUUCAACAAGCUCAAUUACAAGAUGAAGAACUGUCACAGAAUACGAAAUUGUCAAAUACUAAAAUAGAAGUGAUUAAGCAUAAGAUUAAUGAACUCAAUUCCGAGAAGGAUUCGGCCUUGAUUGAAUUCGAUGAGUCAGUUGCGUUUGAAACCAAGAAAUUGGCCUUUGAAUCUAUUCAACUACUCAGCGAGUUAAACAUUCCCUUCUUCAACACGUUACAUGUAUAUAAGUAUCCUGACUUGCCCAAAGAUCAGGAAUAUUUACUCCAAUUUAUCAUUAAGAAUCUACAAUGA